GCUGGAGAAACUGUUGAAGAUGGUGCUACUUCUAUAUCUGUUCUGGAUAUAAGACCUUAAACUGCCUCAUCUACAAAGCAGUCUGCCACACCAAAGAGACCAUGAAACACAUAUUUUGUGCUUGCUAUUUCUAGGCAGAGGAGAGGAACAAGAUUUUGAGAGUGGGAAGGAAGGAGCAUCAUGAAAUUAUUUGAACAGUUGUGCAUAUCAUCUCAGAAUAAUGACCCAUUCAAGAAGGAAUUGUGCUGCAUAUGAGCAAAGAAAGUAACUAUAUCAAUAAAACCAAGACUUCACCAAAAGCAUAUUUGUUCAAAAAAGGAAAGAAAGUAUAUUACUGAAAUUAAAAAACAAAAGAUUUCCUUCCCCUGCCCCUGCCGAAACCACCUCUAAAGCAUUCCAUGGGUGAACCAAACAGCUUCAAAAUCAGUGCAGAGAUCAAAACUAGAUACUCAAAAGAACAGAGAGAAAAAUGCUUGAGUUUUAUAAUAAAGCCAAAGGUAACACCCAAGAAGCAAAAUAAAGACAAUAGACCGCAAAGCAGAGGAAGGUGGUAUUUCAACUAAUUAGAUGACAACUUUCUUCACAAAAAGAUUUGAGAAUUCCUGCCUUCCCUGGUGAUGGCAUCUUGUUCCAGGCAAACAACACAACCUAUAGAUUUGAGGUGUCCUGGGAGAGCUGCAACUUCUAACAGCUGGGGGAGAAAGAGUGCUGUCUGGGAACAGAAGUAAGAGCUGAAGGAACAAGACUGCAAAUUCACUGGAAAGAAGAUAGUCACUUCUUCUCACAAUGAACUCUUCUUUUUUUCUGCACACGUUGGAUGUCAACUUGAGCUCAUUGAGGGGCAAUAUGUCUGGACCCAUGAUCAAGAGCAAAUCUUCACCCUGUGAGCAAGUGGGUAUAGCUGUUGAGGUGUUCCUGACUCUUGGUAUCAUCAGCCUCUUGGAGAAUAUUUUAGUCAUCGGGGCCAUAGUUAAGAACAAGAACUUGCACUCACCCAUGUAUUUCUUUGUAUGCAAUUUGGCUGUUGCAGACAUGCUAGUGAGUGUGUCCAAUGCUUGGGAGACCAUCACAAUAUACUUAAUAAACAAUAAGCAUCUGGUGAUGGAAGAUGCUUUUGUGCGCCACAUAGACAAUGUGUUUGAUUCAAUGAUCUGCAUCUCUGUGGUGGCCUCCAUGUGCAGUCUGUUGGCCAUUGCAGUGGACAGGUAUGUCACCAUUUUCUAUGCCCUGCGCUACCACAACAUCAUGACGGUGAAGCGAUCGGGGCUCAUCAUUGCAUGCAUCUGGGCCUUUUGUACCGGCUGUGGGAUCAUCUUCAUUCUGUACUAUGAGUCUACUUAUGUCAUCAUUUGUCUCAUUACCAUGUUUUUCACCAUGCUGUUUCUUAUGGUGUCUCUGUAUAUUCACAUGUUUCUCCUGGCUAGGACUCAUGUGAAACAGAUUGCAGCCCUGUCUGGCUAUAGUUCAGUCCGGCAGAGGGUCAGCAUGAAGGGGGCCAUCACCCUGACAAUGUUACUCGGAGUUUUCAUUGUUUGCUGGGCUCCGUUUUUCCUCCACCUCAUCCUAAUGAUUUCUUGCCCCCAGAACCUUUACUGUAUUUGCUUCAUGUCCCAUUUCAACAUGUACCUCAUCCUCAUUAUGUGUAACUCUGUGAUUGACCCUCUGAUCUAUGCCUUCCGCAGUCAGGAGAUGAGAAAGACCUUCAAAGAGAUUAUUUGUUGCUAUGGACUGAGAAUGACCUGUGGGUUCCCUAUCAAGUAUUAAAAAUAUAUUAUGUUUAUUCUA